UUGAAGCGACUUCACCGUGAAGCCCUUCGUCGAGGCAUAAAAUUAGGCCCAGGUUCUGCAUCCGAACCGGAUAUCGUUCUCGAGGUGCAACCGGAACCAAAAUCGAUUACUGAAGCAAAAUUGCGAGCUAAAUUGAAAGCUAAACAAAAAAAUGACAGCGGACCACCAGUACCUGAAGACCUAGCGCCAGCAGAGCGAAUUCCACCUAUUUUGGAUGGUAAGCAUGACAAUGUUGGACAGCAAGGUCAAACUGCAAAAGGAACCAAUGUAGGGGCUGGAGAGACCUCAGGGAAAAAGAAGAGAAAAGGCAAGAAAAAACGUGGACAACACCAGAAGCAGCUUGAAGAACAAUCUAAUAUGAUAAACUCAUCCAUACGUGAGAAAUUGGCUGCGAUUGUGGCGCGUAAAGAACGUAUGCGAGAAAUACGAGCUCAAAUGGCAAAGCCUGUUGUGAAACCAACUUCUAACAUGGAUGAAACAUUGCACAAUGCUCUACAGCAAUUAAGAAAAUCAAUGGGUGUAGCAUAUCAACUUUUGCGAAAGGCAGUCCGUAGCAGUUUCCUAGAAAAGGUGGCGCUAAAGACAAAGUCUGCUAUUGAUGUGAAUACACAUAGCGGUGUAAUACAAGAUGACGUUUCGGUUGGAUAUCUUUCUGUGGAACAUAAUGAGCGGUUGAAAAAUAUUGAACAGGCGCUCAAGGAACAGCAGCAGUUGCUCAAGACAAUUGCUUUGCAGUAUGUCAUGGGACCAUAUAUCAAAGUUGAUGGAAGCAUUACUCUGUAA